AGCAGUGACCAGAGCUGGAAACAAGGAAAUCUGUAAGUAGGUUAUAGAGGAAUAUUUCUACAGUGAACAAAAACCCUCCUGUGUGAAGUUUGUUCACGUUUCACAGAGGGGAGGGGGCAGUUAUUCAACAUUUCAUCCUGAGCCCCCCCUUAUCUCCUCUUGUUGUUGUGUCUCUGUAAAUGCAGAAAACCUGACUGGGGGGGUUCUAUGGAUAUGAUCCAAAAAUAAAGAGGGUACAUUUUAGGAAAAGGGGUUCAAACAGCUUGUUUUUACCCCCUGUUGCCUCUCAAACCCCCCAAUUCUUGUUACCCCCCCUCAAAGUAAGCGACUUGCUGAUGAGGCUCUAGCGCAGAGAGCUGAGGGGAGGGAGGGGGUAGUGACAGACCGACGGACCGCUAUAGUCCGUCUAUCCAGCUGCCUCUGCAGAAGCGGCGGUUCUGCACAGCAGCGGUGCGCGCGCGCUCCACACACUUUCUUCUUUUCUUUUUUACACGCGCGCGCGCAAGGAGAUCGGAGUCUUUCUUUUAUAUAUGUGUAUGUUGGGUGGAUGGGGGGAGACAGAAGGGAGCCAACGAGACUGGAGCAAGUCCCCACGCGCGCUCUGCGGGAGCCACAACCGCCGAAGUGACCACAACGCGCCCCCGCGUGCGUCUCCAGUGUGCGCGGUCCCUCUCUCCUCUCUCGGGACUUCUUUGGGGAGGAAUACGAUCCGAUCACGUAAAGUUGAGCCCCGACGACGCGCGCGCGCGGGGGGCUCAACUGAGAUUGCAGUGGAGAAGCAUCAGCAGCAGCAGAGGCGCACGCACGCACGCACGCACGCAGACAAGAUUGGAUUACAACGGCGGUGAUUCUAUUCGCAGCUGCACGCUGGUGAAGUGCUAAAACCGAGGAUUUCAUUCAUCUUUUUUCUUUCUUUUUUCGGGGCACGCUGGGAAUUAUUCAUUGCCAGAGAUUAUACGUGUCAUCCUCCCCACCACCACCACCACCACCUCCUGGUGUUUGUGAGUCUCACCAUCAGAGGCUGCAUGUUUUAUCCGAGGAGAAAGUGGACUGUUGCAAUGCCUUCCCGCGCCACCGUUUUGGAGCUCUGCAAAAGGGAGAUGCUGGGAUGAAGUGGUUUGGCAGCAUGUUCCUCGGCAGCAUACGGAGCAAGAGGAGAAGGAGCGACGGUGGAGGUAAUAGUGGAGCGCUCCUCUCAUUGGCCCUCCUGGUGGUGUUGACCCGGACGGGUGACCCUGUGGCGGCUCAGAAGCGAACCGGCUCGGAAAAGGUGCCGGUGCUGAACAUUGCUGUGAUCCUGGGACGCACGCGGUACAUCUCAGACCGGGACAUCCGGGCUCUGUGGAGCAAGGAGGACCCCAUCGAUGUCAACGUGGUCACACUGCUGGUCAACGAGACCGACCCAAAAAGCAUCAUCACCCACAUGUGCGACCUGAUGUCGGGGACUAAGAUCCACGGGGUGGUUUUUGGGGAUGGCACUGACCAAGAAGCCAUUGCCCAGAUUUUGGAUUUUAUUUCCUCGCAGACACUUAUACCCAUCCUGGGCAUUCAUGGGGGCUCGUCCAUGAUCAUGGCAGAUAAGGAUGUAAAGUCCACUUUCUUCCAAUUUGGUGCUUCCAUCCAGCAGGAGGCUUUGCUGAUGCUGAACAUCAUGGAGGAGUAUGACUGGCACAUCUUCUCAAUUGUCACGUCCAAGUUUCCCGGCUACCAGGAGUUCAUAAACAUCCUAAAAACGACAGUGGACAACAGUUUUGUGGGCUGGGAUCUGCAGAACAUCAUCACUCUGGACGCAGUGGAGGAGGACAGUCGGUCCCAGAUCAUGCUCAAGAAAGUCCAGUCGCCAGUGGUUCUGCUCUACUGCUCCAAAGACGAGGCGGUCUACAUCCUGGAGGAGGCCCGCUCACUGGGCCUAACUGGAUUUGGUUACAUCUGGAUCGUCCCGUCGCUCACUACCGGGAACCCGGAAAUAACCCCUGAGGCGUUUCCAUGUGGAAUGAUCUCGGUGUCGUACGACGACUGGGACUACCCGUUGGAGGCUCGGGUUCGGGAUGGUCUUGGGAUCAUAACGUCAGCAGCGGCAGCCAUGUUGGAAGAGUAUGGCGACAUCCCCGAAGCCAAGACAUCGUGUUACGGGCAAAUGGAAAAGACCACCAAACUGCCUCCGAGUGCACUCCACAAAUACAUGAUGAAUGUCACCUGGGAUGGCAGAGACUUGUCCUUCACGGAGGACGGUUACCAGGAAAACCCAAAGCUGGUGGUUAUCGUACUCAACAAGGAAAGAGAGUGGGAGAAGAUGGGGAAGCUGGACAAUGGCAGCCUGACAGUGAAGUACCCCGUGUGGCCGCGUUUCAACUCCUUCGGGGAUGCUGAGCUCGAUGACAACCACCUGUCCAUCGUCACCUUAGAGGAGAAACCUUUUGUCAUUGUGGAGGAUGUGGAGAGACUCACCGGUACCUGCAUGAGAAACUCGGUUCCCUGCAGGAAGCAUAUCAAAGACAACACAACAGAGGCUGGAGGGACUUAUAUCAAAAAGUGCUGCAAAGGAUUCUGCAUCGAUAUACUGAAGAAGAUUGCCAAAUACGUCAAGUUUACCUACGACCUGUACCUAGUUACCAAUGGCAAGCAUGGCAAAAAGAUCAACAAUGUCUGGAAUGGGAUGGUGGGAGAGGUGGUCUAUAAGAAAGCCGUCAUGGCCGUCGGAUCUCUGACGAUCAAUGAGGAGCGUUCUGAGGUCAUCGAUUUCUCCGUCCCGUUCGUAGAAACUGGGAUCAGCGUCAUGGUCUCACGUAGCAAUGGAACUGUCUCGCCAUCAGCUUUCUUAGAGCCAUUCAGCGCAUCAGUGUGGGUGAUGAUGUUUGUGAUGCUCCUACUGGUGACUGCAAUGGCUGUCUUCAUGUUCGAGUACAUCAGUCCCCUUGGUUUUAACAGAAACCUGGCACAAGGAAAAGAUCCACACGGCCCUUCGUUCACCAUGGGCAAAGCCGUGUGGCUGCUGUGGGGUCUGGUCUUUAACAACUCUGUGCCGGUCCAAAACCCGAAAGGAACGACCAGCAAGUUCAUAGUGUCGGUGUGGGCCUUCUUUGCUGUCAUCUUCCUGGCCUCCUACACUGCUAACCUGGCUGCCUUCAUGAUUCAGGAGGAGUUUGUCGACCAAGUCACCGGGCUUUCAGACAACAAGUUUCAGAACCCACAUGCGUACUCACCCCCCUUCCGCUUUGGGACAGUCCCAAACGGAUCCACGGAGAGGAACAUCAGGAAGAACUACCCGGCCAUGCACCAGUACAUGGUGAAGUAUCAUCAGACUGGAGUGGUGGACGCUCUGGUCAGCCUCAAAACGGGAAAACUGGAUGCCUUCAUCUAUGAUGCUGCAGUGUUGAACUACAUGGCUGGCAGAGAUGAAGGAUGUAAACUGGUGACCAUUGGCAGCGGGUACAUCUUUGCCACCACUGGUUAUGGCAUCGCUCUGCAAAAGGGUUCCUACUGGAAGCGGCAGGUGGAUCUGGCCAUCCUGGCCAUCAUCGGAGAUGGUGAAAUGGAGGAACUAGAAGCACAGUGGCUCACUGGAAUUUGCCACAAUGAGAAAAACGAGGUGAUGUCAAGUCAGCUGGACGUUGACAACAUGGCGGGGGUCUUUUACAUGCUGGCUACGGCCAUGGGACUGUCCCUCAUCACCUUUAUCUCUGAGCAUCUCUUUUACUGGAGGCUAAGAUACUGCUUCACCGGAGUCUGCUCUGGAAAACCAGGUCUUCUUUUCUCUAUUAGUAGGGGAAUAUGGAGCUGCAUCCAUGGAGUCCAUAUUGACAUGAAGAAAAAGACAGACCUUGACUUCAGCCCUCAGGACAAAAUGCUCAAGCUCAUUAAGUCUGCCAAACAGAUGACCAACAUGUCUAAUCUAGGUGGGUCCCGCAUGAACUCACCCAAACGUGAAUUCAUGCACUCAGCCGGCCCCAUGAUCAUGGACAUGAUGGCAGAGAAGGGCAACUUCAUCUAUGCUGAUAACCGCAGCUAUGCCCCUAAAGACAUGAUCUAUGGGGAUAGCGGUGACUUGCAGUCUUAUUUUGCCAAUCGACACAAGGACCACCUUAACAACUACAUUUUCCAGGGCGGCCAACAUCCUCUCACCCUGAACGAUGCCAAUCCAAAUACAGUGGAAGUAGCGGUGAGUGCUGACGCAGUGCAGACAAACGCCAAGCCAACACGUACAUUGUGGAAGAAGUCAGUGGAUACCCUUCGUUCUGUGCCGCCAGGGCCCGCCCCGAUGCCCGACAUGCUCAUGCCAGACCCACGAAUAUCGAUGAAGACACAGCGCUACCUCCCCGAGGACACAGCCCACUCGGACAUCUCCGACUGCUCCAGCAGGGCCGCCUCCUACAAGGACCCAGAAAACAACAAGCACCUGAAACCCAAGGACAACUUAAAAAAAAGAUCGGUGACGUCAAAAUACCCAAGGGAUUGCAGUGAGGUAGAGCUGUCCUACUUAAAAACUAAGCAGGUCAGCGGCGGAACCAACCAAAGUGGGAGAGGAGGAGGAGGAGGAGGAGGAGAGAAAAUCUACACCAUUGACUCUGAUCGAGAACUGAGCCUCCAUUCUGACCCCGUUCACUACCGUGAGAGUCACGGUCUUCCCGCGGAUGACAUGGAUUAUCCGGAAAUUUACUCCGACCACAGCGACAACUACAGGAAGUGUGAGCAGCCCAUCAUUCAUCUCAACUCCUCGCCUUUGCACCAUACAGACACAGACCUCAUGCCGGACUCCGCUUACUCCAAACACUACAGCCUAAAAGAGAAAAACCUUUCCUUGUCCCCCCAUGAAACUAUUGAUCGAUACAAACAGACGCACUGCCGCUCUUGCUUGUCCAAAGUACCUUCUAGCUACCCACAGGGAAGUGCUUACGUCCCUGCUGGAACUUCAUCAGCCUCUGGCACCCGCUCACCCUAUAACCGGUGCGAGGCAUGCCUUCAUACAGCCAAUCUGUAUGACAUUAGUGAGGAUCAGCUCCUUGCAGACCCUUUGGUUAGUCCCACCAUGCACCAUCAAGAGCAACAGCAGCCGGAUGAUAUGUUUGGCCUCUACUGGCCACAGACAGACGGACCUCACGUCCAAAAGCGGAACCGCUUGAGGCUGAGUCGUCAGCACUCUUUUGACAAUAUUAUGCUCGAAAAGCCAAAGGAUGUGGAUCUGGGCCGACCGGCGCGCAGCGUCAGCCUCAAGGAGAAGGACCGCUUCUUGGAAUCUACAUCUGACUCGCAGUACGCGAACCUCUUUGGCAUGCGUCCUUACUCCGGCAGACUGUUUGGCACUGGGUCUAAAUCUAUGCUCUUCAACCACAACCUGGAGGAAAGCAAGAGGAGCAAGUCCCUGUACCCGGUCCAUGCUUCGGACAACCCGUUCCUCAGCCACUCGCUGAGGGAUGAUAGCAGCAGCAGACUGGUACACGGACGGAGCUCCUCUGAUAUUUACAAACAGCUGGCUGUGGGUUCCCCCGGUGGAGCAUUGGGAUCAGCCCCCAUCAAAACGCGCAACGAUGCGAACAAUCUUCGCUCUUCAGUUAAAUCCACCUCUUCAUACUGCUCAAGGGACGGACGAAUAGCUAAUGACAUGUACAAUAAAGAGCAUGUGAUGCCUUACUCAGCCAAUAAGACUAGUGCAUACCCAGCCUCACGUGGCGUCCUAAACUCAGCCCAGUUCAGCAAUAGACGGGUGUAUAAGAAAAUUCCCAGUCUUGAGUCAGAUGUUUAGUUGAUAUAUGAAAAAAAGUGUUCUCUCCUUCUUACUCCUCUAUGGGUUUGUAUUAUAAUUUAUCAACUAUGUUGUCCACUAAGGGAUGCCAUAGCUAAACUACAUAUUUCCUCUGCAGGAAAUAUGUACAUAGCUAAACUAGAUGCUUCUUCUCUUGGACAUUGUAUUCAACGGGAACUUGAGCCCACUUGGGUCUGAUGGUAUUACUAUUUCUCUCUUUGAAAAUAACAUCAUCUUUGUCUAUUCUUUCCAAUGUACCACCAAGCUGGCCGUUUGGCCAACACCCUACAAUUAGAUAACCUGGUGUAAAAGGGUGGGCGGCCAUUGAUAACUGGGUUUCACCAAACAGGAAGAGGAACAAAUGAAUUCAAGCAAAGGCGUUUACAAGAAGUCCAUUGAAGACAGGACAGGACAGAUGAGAGAAAUCCUUUUAUCACGCACCCCUUUUCUUCUCUUUCUUUCUCCACUGCAACUGUUGAGAUCAGGGUUCAGCAGUUCAGGUGGAAAAAGGUCCUUUGAGAACACCAGAUGGGUAGGCAACAUAUGAAACAGGGGCGUUACGGUGGGCUUCCUUGUCACAGAGCAACAUCUAGAGACCUGUUGAUGAAAGAAUGAUGGAAGAAGAAGAGGAUAAAUGACAGAGUGGAGCAACCAAUUGCUUGUUGCAGGGAUAUGAUGCUAACCAGGGCUUUUUUUUUUUCGUGAUAUGCGAUAUGUAAGGAACAACAUUGAUGAUAAGAUGAAAAAUGCACGUUCUUUAAAUGAGUAAUGUUUACAGGUUUCAGACAAACGACAGACAAACUGACUCAUUGAAAGCAGAGAAACUUGAGGCCAUCGACGGGCAUUUCAUUUGCGCUGCACAUAGAAAAACGAUUGCAAAGUACUGCUUUUUUAUUCUAUUGAGCUAUAAGAUUUAUAAGGGAUUCUGACUUCCGGAUUCCAAUAUGUAAGAUUUUAGUGUUUGCUUAUUUGGUAGCAGAAUAGCUAUUAGUUUUGAACUCCCCCCUCCACUCUUCCUUCCACAUUUGCAUUUGAAAAAAAGUGUAGCUUAUGGAAAAAUACCAUAAAAAAUAAGGUUUUUUCGCAUGUAUUUAUUUUUUUGCGGUGUCAAAGAGGAGAAAAUACAAAUAAAUAGCACUACAGAUGCAUAUUUUUGAUGAUUUCGAAAGGGGCUGUACUUUGUUGUGGAUGGAUUUCGAAAUGACCUUUAAACUUAGUAAAUCUGUGUCGCUCUGGGAAUGCAAAUUGACACUUGACAAUGGAGGAGGGGAGAGCAAAGCUGAGAUUAAUGUAGGGGCAACAAUAAUUAGACAAAAUCCAAAAUCAUGAAGUGUGCACUGAUUUUUUAUGUCAUCGCUUAUUUGACUUCAACCCCAAUUUGACUGAGAAACAGGGUAUUUAUGUGUACAAAUGUUAACUGUUUUCUUUCUUUUUCCACAUAGCGAUGAUCCAACAAUAAUUGACUGGAAUGGUUUGGCUUUUUUGGAGGAGUAUGAGCAAAAUUAGAUUAUAUUUAGCACUAUCAUUUACUGUUAUCCAACCCAAUCUCAUGACAGAUUGUAAAACAGCUAUGUUGGUCCACUGCCCAUGUUAUCAUUUUAUAAUGUAAUCAAACUAAAUACAAACAAAUUAAACAAAUAAGAUUGUAAACAUCAUGCUGCACCAUUGCUACUUAUUGGAGUUGAGGUGCAAUCAUGUAAAUAUAGUAGAUGUUGUAUGGUAUGAUUCAGGGACAGUUUAAUUUAAAACUAACUUAAGUCCACAUGCUCUAAAUGUUUGGUUUAUUAUUGUAACUAUGCUUUCAAGCAAUAAGUCUUACACUCUCGGAAAAGUUGUUUGUCAUCCUGUUAAGUAGUGCCACCUUUGUAAGGAAUAUUCGGUCCAGUUCUUCCAUGUAAAUCCAUGCAAGUCUGCCUACGAGGCAUAAAUCAUAUUUUCGAUUCCCCCACUUCACAGCCCGUCUCUGACACCCCCUGUUGGAUGGAACCUGUUUUUUAAUUUGUAAAUUAUCCUGGGGGUCAGGGGCUGUAUGGUGGUGCACAGCGAGAAGCCCCUAGUUUUAAUUCAACAGUUUGCAUGUUCUCCCUGUGGAUGCCUGGUUUUCUCCAGACACACCAGCUUCCUCCCACGGACUAAAACUAUGAAUCAUAGGUAAAUUGGUUACUUUAAAGUGUUCCCUAGGCAGGCAUGUGAUAGUGUGUGUGAGAGUGAUUGUGUGCUCAGCAAGAAACCGGUGACCUCUUCCAGGAUGUAUCUAACCUUCGCCCAGUGGUAGCUGGGACAGGCCCAAGCAACCACAUUGAUCCCGGAAGGGAUACAGCAGGUCAAGAAAUGGAUGGACGGACGGACAGAUGGAUACUUGGAGGUCACUCCAAACAAUGCAGCAACUUGAGAAUGUGAAGCAUCAGAUUGACUUUGCACAAUCUCGAUUGACCUAUCAAGAUCAGUCAUCCCAAUAAUGUAAAUUAUUUAACAGACCCUUGCUAACUUGGCUCUUGUUUUCAUUGAGGUGAAAAAAUGGCCAUAUGCCACAGCAAUAUUAGCUGUUUGAAAUUGUUAAAAAAGAUUUAAUACAUUUUUCAUUAAUGCAAUCUCUGUUACUCAUCCCACAAAUGUACUGUAUGUUCCUUACAAAUGUGGCACUAUUUAAAAAGGGGAAAUCAACAUGUUUACCAAUAGUAUAAGACUUACUGGUAGGAAGCAUUAAAACAACAAAGAAACAAACUGCUAGAAACAACAUUUCCUUACUUUUUUGUGGGAGGUUUGAGCCUAAAAUCAGAUAUAUAGCCAGUGUCAUUUGGAGUACGCUGGCCCUAUGAAUUCAACUGAAUUGGUACAAUGAAACACCCAUUUGAAAUUCUUUCAAAACUGGCUGAGAUUUAUAUGGAUGUUGUGCACAUAUUGAUCUCUCUGGUCAGAAAUCAUGUCAACCCUUGCGAAACGGUUUGAAAAUUAACCCUAAACACAUAUGAUUGCAAACUUGUGAGACAUCUCUAACUAUUCUUAGAAGGAAGUACAUAAACUCAUAUUUUUUUCAACUACAAUUACAUGUAUGACUUCAUACCAAACAAGGAUGAGAAAUUUGAGUUUAAGCCACAGUCUGGUUGACUAUGAUCAGUAUUCAGCUUGUGAGGUCCCACUAAAAAUGCCUUUUGGAACGCCCAAUGCAGCUUGACCUACUUUUGAAAUCUUCUGCUAGUCACUAAGAAACUGGAGCUUUAAGCUUUGUAACCAACACUUAAGUAGAGGAAUGGAGGCAAAGCAAUUCAGUUAGAAAACUAAGUUUCUCAAUCAAAUCCCAUUCUAGUCAAUCAGGGUAAACUUAAAUUAUCUCACACACAAAAUGCCUUAAAGCGCUUCAUUUUUUUGCUAAAGGUUCUGCUUUUGCAACUUUAUUGGCUCUCACAGGAUCUGAAAAGCAUUAUUUAACAAUGAGGCUAACAAGGAGAGCGUUAUCUGGUUGCUGUACCAGCCCUUUGUGGUGAAGAGAGAGCUGAGCCAGAAAGUAAAGUUCUCAAUUAACCAGAUGAUCUUUGUUCCAGUACUCACCCAUGGUACUCAGCUCUGGAUCAUGACUGAAAGAACAAGGUCCCGAAAUGAGCUUCCUUCAUAGGGUGGCUGGGCGCUCCCUUAGAGAGGGUGAGAAGCUUGGUGACCCAGAGAGAGCUCAGAGAAGAGCCCCUUCAACUCCACAUCGAGAGGAGUCAGUUUGAGAUGGUUUGGGCCACUGGUCCGGAUGCCACCUGGACAGCUCCCUGGACAGGUAUUCCAGGCAUUUCCAACUAGGCAGAGGUCCUAGAGAAGACCCAAGACACGUUGGAGAGUCUACGUCUCUUGGCUGACCUGGGAAUGCCUCGGGGUCCCCUGAGAGAAGCUGGAGGAAGGGGCCGGGGAGAGAGAAGUCUCUGUAUAUUUUCUUAGACUGCUGCCACCUUGACCCGGUUCCGGAUGAGUGCAAGAAGAUGGAUGGAUGGCUUCCAUUUAGAGACUUUUUCAGUGGGACCUCACAAGAACCUUAACACAAUUUUGGAUUGAAUUUAUUUUGACACAGAAAAUACUUGAAGCCUUUGUCACAACUGCCCUUACGGAUGGAUACAGAUUUUCUUUGGCCGAAAAAUGGGCAAACUUGUUCAAGGCGCACAACUGGCCCCUUGCAAAAUCUUUACAUCGCAAAUCAUGAAAUACUGAGGUUGUAGAUUGCUCUGUGAAAAUGUUCAUGCACAUUUUUUUAUGGGCAAUCGACCGGUUGUAGCAAACACUUAUACGGUACAGCAUGUAAUGUUAGUGUAGGUGAGACUCAGGUGUGUCAUACAAAAUUUUCCUUUUUGUCAAUCCCCCACAAAGCCUGUGGACUAUGCAAAGAGUCUUUCAAGUCCUAGUUCCCAAGAUAGUUACAUCCUCCUUGAAUGCAGCUUGACUGUUGUAAAUUUAGAAAUUAGACAAUCAGAGCAUAGUUUGCGUAGGCGUCCUACGGGUGCUUGAGUAUCAUGUGUACACCUCAUUCUUUCGGCAUUCGUGCAUAGUAAGGAUCCAGGACUCCCACUUCCCAAAACACCGCACACACACAAGUAUCAUAGAUUCCAUUUUCAUGACAUCCCAAGUUCAAGGGAACUGCAAGACACACCUGCGCUUACCAUAAGUUGCGGCCACUCCUCUCUAUGACCCUCUCCACAGCUUAAAAACCUGUAGUACUCAUCUGAGCAUGUAUGUGACCAAGGCUUUAGUAAGUUACCCUGAAACAGUGCAGAAACUGCACACACCCAGGUUUAAUGUGCAUAAGUUUUAGGUGUGGCAAAGUUAAAAACUUGACCAAUUGCUCAUACUCAAACUUUUUUUUCUUAUCGUUCACUAAAUUUUACCAUACAAUGUUUACUACCAGCUAACGCCACAUUUGGACAGAUUCUGGGCAUAUGGACAAACAUAGCUAUUACAUUUUUUCCUGAGACUGGGUAUCCUCUUCUGUAUUCUGGACAAUGCAACCAUUGUAGAUGUCCAAUCAGCCGGGCUCAUGAAAACCAUCUGAGAUGGAUGCCUCCUCAACCUUGCAGCAUUGUUCUGGUGGCGUAACAAGCUGACUGGAAUCCAGAUUCACCAGCUGUGUAUCUCAUCAAUCAUGUAAAAAACAUCUUUAAGAAAUAUCUGGUUUGUUAAAGCGGUGCAAAAUGAUUGAGCUUGACACUUUAGCCGGGGAAAUUUAUUUAUUGUUUGAUUUAUGCACAUUGUUGUUGGUUCUUCUUGACUGAAAAAAGUUGCACAUGCAAACACCUCCAUCUCCACUUGUGCCAACAUUAUGCUUCUUUUUGUUAGCAUAGAGAUCUAAAAAACACAAGAAACCAUCUUGGGUUUACCAAUUGGACUGGCAAAACCAAAUUUUUAUCAAAUGAAAUACCUCAGGAUGAUUUUGCAGGGAGGCAGAAGUAAAAAAAAAUGUGUGCCAAAUGUUUUUAAUGAGAAAUGACACUUUUCAUUUGUCGUCUUUUUAGAGACUAAAGCAUAAUCAAGCUUUCCUCCCUGAGAUGUUUACCUAUCCAAAGUCUUCCAGUUCUGCUUCAAAUCCAUGAAGUCAAAGAACGAUAUAAGCAGGAGUGAGGAAAGGGGUGGAGCUUAGAUUUUUCUCUCAUAUAGUGUGCUGUGUGUGUCGCGGCUGACUGAGGACUAUUUGAGGGUCACUCGAACGUCAAAAAUCCCCCAAAAAACCUGCCAUCAUACGGAACACUCCAAUGGGAGCCGGUCUUUUUCUUCAUGGUUUUUAAAAGCUGAAGCCAACUCAACCUCCAUGUUCCAACAUUUUUAACAAUUAUAUCACUAUUUUCUACUCUUGGGAUGUUUCCAAAAAAAAAAAAAUCUUCUUGACACCCAAAGUUGACCGACAACACCCCCCCCCACCCUUUUUUUCAUCUUAUUUGCUUAUUUAUUGUUAUCAUGUUGACUUUCACAAGCUGCUCGCAUCCAAGUGAACAAUAUGCACAUGUAAAAAAAAAAAAACUACUAUAUAAAUAUAUAUCAAACGGCACCAUUGCGUUUCCAUGCCGACGUGUAUAGUUUGUUCUACUUUUACAGAACUGUCAUGUAAACUAAAGGUGUUUUAUAUUCAAACACUCCCAGACGCACCCUUGUGAUGACACCUUUUUUUUUUUUUAAUGAAAAAAAUUGUAUUUUAUUUACAUUCAAUGAUAUAUUGAUAAACAAUGAGGUGAUGGCAUGCAACCCCAGAUGUAACAAUUUUUCAUUUUCUGUUUGUUUGUUUGUUUUGGUUAUGAUAUGAUCACUAAUGCUUUGUAACCAGGUGUGAGUAUAUACAUAUCUGAGAGAACAACAAAAAGGAAAAAAAAAGUUUUUUUAUGACACAAUGAAGAUGCUGCUGCUGAUUUUUGGGGGGGGUGAAGGCGAGUUUUUGACCCACACUUCCUCGCCAGGCCACUUUCCCGCCCACAAUGGGCGGGGUAGUGGUGGUGGUGGGCGGGUCCAACAUCCUCGCUUUUCCUCCAAGUGGCGGGUGACAAUAACUAUCACCAGCUCUGCUUCCCUCUUCCCCUCCCCCACGUGUAGUCAGGAUUUCAAGCAUACAGAAGACAGAAGAAAACAAAAAGACAACCCUCUACUAUGAGUCCCUCCAAAGAUACAACUCCUCUUUCUUUAUUGUUUGCUGUAACAAUAGAGCUUUUUAAAAAAACAAAACAAAAAAACAAUGAAAUAACUGAAAAGAGAAAACAGAAAAGAAAAAAAAAUGUUUCUUCAGAGACUUUUAAGUAACUAUUUUGAAUAUAUUUAGAAAUGACACCUGUAAACAUCGCUUGUAAAUUCAUUCUGGAAUACAUCAUCAUGGAGAAUUAUAAAGAGUAAAAAUAAUAUUUUUUGUGUGAAUUUCACAAGAGCUCUCCUGUACAGUGGCACUGUUUAUCUCUCUCUUUUUUCUUUCUAUCGUUCUCUUCUUGCUCUCUCUAUCUCUCUCUGUAGAGCGACUAGAAUAAAAUUUCACCAUUCACAAGA